ACGUGCAGGAGCAGGGCAACACGAAAGUACUCGUUUUCAGGAUUCCACGUUCCAUUCGUCCUGGCUGCGCACCACCACCGUCUUGUUGAACCAUGAAUCUCUUUCGGUUGUUCGGUGACCUGUCGCAUUUGGCGUCCAUAUUGAUUCUGUUGCACAAGAUUCAGACGACGCGGUCAUGUCGAGGUAUCUCGUUCAAAACCCAAGCUCUCUACGUCACCGUCUUCGUGACCCGCUACCUCGAUCUCUUCUACGACUAUGUGUCGCUGUAUAACUCAGUGAUGAAGAUAUUCUUUAUCUCGAGUAGCGUGUAUAUCCUCUACCUCAUGAAGUUCAAGUACCGCCCAACACACGACCCUUCCAUUGACACCUUCCGGAUAGAGUACCUCGUUGGUCCUUGUGUCAUCCUCGCCCUCUUGUUCAACUACAAAUUCUCGUUCACUGAAGUUCUCUGGUCGUUCUCGAUCUUUCUGGAGUCGCUUGCUAUCUUGCCGCAGUUGUUCAUGCUUCAGAGGACGGGAGAGGCGGAAACCAUCACGACGCACUAUUUGGCGGCAUUGGGCGCAUAUAGGGCAUUGUACAUUCCCAAUUGGAUCUACAGGUACUUCACAGAAGGUACCGUAGACCCCAUUGCUGUCAUUGCGGGCAUUGUACAGACUGGAUUGUACCUCGAUUUCUUCUACGUGUACUUCACAAAAGUGUUGCAAGGGCAGAAGUUCGAGCUUCCUGCAUGAUCGCCUUGAUAUAUUUAGUAUGCAUUACGGACGCUAUGAUAAUUCAUCUGAUAAAUUCCAACCUUGGUUCCUUAAGCCUGAGUCUGAGUGUACGUAUCACGCAUGAGAAUAACUUUGACAUUCGUUUCAGGCACCCACGCUCUUCUCGGGACAAACACGGCUGCCCACUUAUUCUUACAGCGACAUGAGGGUUCGACCUGCCAGACAUCUAAGGAGAACACCGUACUUGCAUACUAACUUAAGUAAUGUCCAAGUCCCGCAAAUACAGUCCCUUAUCCUUG